GAGAGGGGAGUGAGAGAGACCUAGCGCAAAGGAGGAAGCAGGGGAGAGAAGGGAGCUUGCCUCAUGCACUGAGAAGGCUGUCAGAAGCAGACUGUACAAGCAGCACAGUGGCUGGUGCGCAGUUUAAGGAACAGCAUUCAUUGACUUUAUUCAUUUACUUACUAAAGGAUGAUUAUGGCAUCCAACUGCUGCUUCUAUGUGUUCUUGCUUAUUGGCACCAAGGUCAUCUGUGACUCUUUGGAAGAUCAUGUUUCUGGAGUUGGGGUCAGAUGUCCCCUGGGCUACUUUCCAUGUGGCAAUAUCACAAAGUGUCUGCCCCAACAACUUCACUGUAAUGGUGAGGAUGACUGUGGGAAUCGUGCUGAUGAAGACAACUGUGAAGACAACAAUGGAUGGUCUCUGCAAUUUGACAAACAUUAUACAAAGGACAAAUACAAUGCACUGAAAUCUCUGUAUGUGUUUAGGACAAAGACACCUGAGUGUUUGGCUGGUGCUGUGCCACCAGAGUGUACCUGCCAAAGGCUGGAGAUCUUCUGCGAUGCUGCCAAGCUGCAUGCUGUCCCAUCAGCCUCUUCAAACAUAACCACAAUGUCUCUUCAGAGGAAUCUGUUAAGGAAACUUUCUGCUGACGUUUUCAAGAAAUACCAAGACCUUAAAAAUCUGUAUCUUCAAAAUAAUAAAAUCAGAGCAGUAUCUGAACGUGCUUUCAAAGGUUUAUAUAAAUUGACAAAACUAUACUUGAGUAACAACAGGAUAACCAGUUUGAAGCCUGGGGUCUUUGAAGAUCUCCACAGACUUGAGUGGCUGAUAAUUGAAAAUAAUAGAAUAAAUCGGAUCUCUCCAUUAACAUUUUAUGGACUCAAAUCACUUAUUCUCCUAGAGAUGAUGAAUAACUCUCUUGCCCGUUUGCCUGAUAAACCUCUGUGCCAAUAUAUGCCAAGACUCAGCUGGCUAGACCUUGAAGGCAACCAUAUCCAUUACGUAAGGAAUGUCACUUUCAUCUCCUGCAACACUCUAACUGUACUAGUGAUGAGACAAAACAAGAUCAGUUCUUUACAUGAAAACAGUUUUUCUUCUCUUCAGAUGUUAGACGAAUUAGAUUUGGCUAGCAACAAGAUUGAAUCACUUCCUCCAUAUAUAUUUAAGGAUCUAAAGGAACUUUCACAACUGAACCUUUCUCACAACCCCAUCAAGAAAAUACAAAUAGAUGAGUUUGAUUUUCUAAUUAAACUCAAAUCCCUCAGCUUGGAGGGCAUUGAAAUUGCAAACAUCCAGAGAAGAAUGUUCAGACCCUUGAGAAAUCUUUCCCACAUAUAUUUUAAGAAAUUCCAGUACUGUGGAUAUGCUCCUCAUGUGCGCAGUUGUAAGCCAAAUACUGAUGGGAUUUCAUCCCUUGAGAAUCUUUUAGCUAGCAUCAUACAGAGAGUGUUUGUCUGGGUUGUAUCUGCUGUCACCUGCUUUGGAAAUAUUUUUGUUAUCUGCAUGAGGCCUUACAUCAGAUCGGAGAACAAGCUCCAUGCGAUCUCAAUAAUGUCUCUCUGCUGUGCUGACUGUCUCAUGGGAAUAUAUUUAUUUGUGAUUGGAGCUUUUGAUCUUAAGUAUCGUGGAGAGUACAACAAGCAUGCUCAGUUGUGGAUGGACAGUAUUCACUGUCAGUUGGUGGGAUCGCUGGCUAUUCUGUCUACAGAGGUAUCAGUCUUACUGUUGACUUACCUGACUUUGGAAAAAUACAUCUGCAUAGUUUAUCCUUUUAGAUGUUUGAAGCCCCGAAAAUGCAGGACAAUUUCCAUUUUGGUUCUUAUCUGGAUUAUUGGGUUUGCUGUUGCUUUUAUCCCACUGAGCAAUAAGGAAUUUUUCAGGAACUACUAUGGCACCAAUGGCGUCUGUUUUCCUCUUCACUCAGAACAAUCAGAAAGUUCAGGAAGUCAGAUUUAUUCUGUUGUCAUUUUUUUAGGUGUAAACUUGGCAGCUUUUAUCAUCAUUGUGUUUUCCUACGGGAGUAUGUUCUACAGUGUUCACCAAACAGCCAUUACAGCUACUGAAAUUCGGAAUCACAUUAAAAAAGAGAUGAUCCUCGCUAAACGUUUUUUCUUCAUUGUAUUUACUGAUGCACUAUGUUGGAUACCUAUUUUUAUUUUGAAACUCCUUUCCUUACUUCAAGUAGAAAUACCAGGUACCAUUACUUCUUGGGUGGUGAUUUUUAUACUGCCAAUAAAUAGUGCUUUGAAUCCUCUUCUCUAUACUUUGACUACACGACCUUUCAAAGAAAUGAUUCAUCAGGUUUGGUAUAAUUACAGACAACGAAGAUCAAAAAGAGGUAAAGGCAGUCAGAAAACAUAUGGUCCAUCAUUCAUCUGGGUAGAGAUGUGGCCAAUGCAUGAAAUUACACCAAAGGUAAAGAAGCCUGUGCUUUGUAUGGACUCCUCUGAAGCUUCAGUGACUACACAGUCAACAAGACUAAAUUCAUGCACGUAAAUAAUUUUGAAUCUUCAUGGUGACACUGCACUGUUAGCUUGACAUCUGUGGGCUUACUGCUUUACAGCAACAAGGAAAGAAGAGGGAGGUAUGACACCUGGGCUCACAUGAACAAAAGCAAGUAUAACUGACACAGUAAUUUUACCAUCUCAUAAUGCUGACACUUUGACAACUUGUCCUACAUCAGAAUGAGAAGUGAAUUGCUUGGGUUUUUUCCCUCCCAGAAGCAGUGAGGGUUAAAAAUGAACUGUCAUUU